AAAAUGAAAGAGGACAGUAUGUAUCUCCAUUUCAUGAUAUUCCGAUUUAUGCAGAUGAGGAUGUGUUCCACAUGGUAGUUGAAGUUCCACGCUGGUCUAAUGCGAAAAUGGAGAUCUCUACAAAGGACCCUUUAAAUCCAAUUAAGCAAGAUGUAAAAAAGGGGAAACUCCGUUAUGUGGCCAAUUUGUUCCCUUAUAAAGGAUACAUCUGGAACUAUGGUGCCAUCCCUCAGACUUGGGAAGACCCAGGACACAGUGACAAACACACUGGCUGUUGUGGUGACAAUGACCCAAUUGAUGUUUGUGAAAUUGGAAGCAAGGUAUGUGCAAGAGGAGAAAUAAUCAGGGUGAAAGUUCUGGGCAUCUUGGCUAUGAUUGACGAAGGAGAAACCGACUGGAAAGUCAUUGCCAUUAAUGUGGACGAUCCUGAUGCAGCCAAUUACAACGAUAUCAAUGAUGUUGAACGGUUGAAACCUGGCUACCUAGAAGCUACUGUGGACUGGUUUAGAAGGUACAAAGUUCCUGAUGGAAAACCAGAAAAUGAGUUUGCUUUCAAUGCAGAGUUUAAAGAUAAGGACUUUGCAGUUGAUAUCAUUAAAAGCACUCAUGACUAUUGGAAAGCAUUAGUAACUAAGAAGACGGAUGGGAAAGGAAUCAGUUGUUACCGCCACCGUGUGACUCCGCCUGCACAGUACCAACAGAUGUGGAUAAGUGGUUCCAUCACCAGAAAAACUGAUGAAACUUCUUUAGAAGACAAGCUGAAAGCUGGGCAUGGUGGUACACACCUGUCAUCCCGGCACUCAGGAGGCUGAGGCAGGAGGAUUGCUGAUAGUUUG